UUUUGAAUUUUUACUUUAGAGCCACUUAGCUGUGAGCCCUUCGGAUUUUCAGUGCCUUUUGACUUGUUCGUACAUACGACUAACACUCUAAAUGGCAUCCGUUUCAAAACGCGUAUCGUCGUGGUGCCUACUCUUAAUAAUGGUACAUGCCACAGUUACAGCAGACCCCUCUGCUGCCAAUUGCGCAGAUCGUUUUGACAUGCACAACGACAAAAUUAUAAGGACCAAAGAUUCCAUAAAGUUGGGCGCAAAAUUCAUCGAUGUGGUUGAACAGCGUAACCGAUUCGAAUGCCUAGACGUAUGUUGUCGUACCUCGAGGUGCGAUGUAUUUGUAUUCGAGGAAAAAUCUCCAGGUACAUGUUACCUCUUUGAAUGUGGUCCAUCAGACGAUUUUAAAUGUAAAUUUACCACCCACAAAAACUAUAGUAGUGCAGUAAUGUCGUUUAGGCCAGCAGCGGAACUGGAAAAUCAAAUAAAACUUACCCAAAACGAGCACGAGCAUGAACUCACACAAUUAAAAAAAUCAUCUUUAACUGUUUUUUCAACAAUUUUACCUGCAAUUCCAGCAUUAAAUAAAGAAACAGAGAUGACUGUGCCAUUAGACAAGCAUUCACAAAGAACACGCUGUAGUAGAAACCAAUUUGAAUGCAAGACAUCAGGUGAAUGUAUUGCGAUUUACAACGCUUGUGACGGAAUACCUCAGUGUAGCGAUGGCAGCGAUGAAGCAGUCGAACUUGCUUGCCCGACCACUGCGAGUAAACAAAUGAUCCCUAAAGAAAUAAAUUUUGGUAUGCAAGGUAUUAACUACCCACAGACCUUCCCAAAUAAACCAAUAGAUGCUUCUGGACAGCAAAUAAACCCGUCAAUGCCGCAAUAUCAGUGGAAAAAUCAGCCGCCCGUGUAUAGCUCAAACAUAAACUAUAAUAAUGGAAAAGGAGAUCAGCCAACCUAUGGAGCCAACUACAUACCACCAUCACAGUACGGUAGAGAAGGCGAAGGACUCAAGUGGUCAGGACAAGACGUAGCGCACCAAAAUUACGGAAACAAUAGAAUAUUUACACAUGUAAAUGGAGGAGUUAUGCCCGACUAUAACCAGCCACCAAAUAAUAUAAUCACAAAUAAUAUACCCAAUAGAAUUUAUAAUACACAGUCUGGAACUAAUAUGGAUCGUAACUUUAACCACAUGAACAAUAUGAAUCAUGAAUUUCCUCGCUUCAACACAGGUGGAAAAGGUACAUUUCAAAAUAAUCCUGAUUAUUACUAUGAAGAUCAAAGAGCUAAAAUUGAACAACUAAACAAUAUUCCUCAAAUUGAUCAAAGAAUAGUUCAAAUAGAUGAGAAGAAACAAAGAGUAUCAGAGAAACUUGUGCAAAAAACUAUCAUUAAUGAUACAACUACUCAGAUCACAACAAUAGAUCCUCAUUUGCAUCGAAAAUCAGAACAACCAAUAACAGCUGUUACAGAUAUUCAUGAGACCUAUUUUGAAAGCAGCGAUGAUGGUUAUGCUAUAAUUCCUAAUGGAGCAUUCAUCUCACUCACACUUGGUAUAAUUGCAACUAGCUUAAUGAUUUUAGUUAUUAGCUGCCGUCUUCGAAUAAUGCGAAAUCGAUACCGAAAAGGUAGUAAACAAUCGUAUUCUCACGAUGCGGAUUUCCUAAUCAAUGGCAUGUACUUAUAAAUGUGUUAAUUUAUUCAUAUACUAUGUGAAUUCUUAAAAAAAAUGUUAGGUUUAAAUGGUGUACCUAUGAUUAUUUAUAAUAUUUUAAUUUUUAGUUAUUCAAAUAACUAAUAUCUUAAUUAUUGAGUAAAAAUGUAAUGUUAUUUUUUAUGUACUCUUGGCGAUCAACAAUUAAUUGAAUAAAUGUUUUCUAUUUGAUUUAUUUUUUUUUAAGUAAUGUAUUAAAAACAAUAAUUACAAAACCAUGUGCCCGCCAGGACAAAAUUAAUGGUGGAAGCACUUAUGUUAACUGAGUCAGCAAAAUCACAUUUUUAAUACAUAAUUAGAUUAGAGUUAAAACAAUAAGGGUGAGUAUCAUCAAGAACCGAUAUUACCCUCAUUAGCUUGUGGAAUGUCCGAUUUUAUUUUUAA